UUUCUGCUUUGUUUUCUUCUUGGUAGUGGGAAUUAAAACUGGUCGGGACGAAUGUUCCAUUUCAUACUCGAGGUUUAGCUUUAGCUUACUGUCAGGUGUGAGUUACAAACAUGAGAGGUUAGUUUGUAACUUGGAACUAUCUGGAGCGCUUUAGAUGGCCGCAAACCAUCAACUACAGACAGAUCUUGUAGAUUUACACCCCAGUACGUAAAGUAAUGAAAACUGAAACCAUGAUUUGGUUUAUUUUUUUCGUGCAGAGGACUCGUCUACACUCCCAGAGUGAAAAAAGAUUUCCAUCUAUGAUGACAGAUUUUACAGAAGAGCAUACGUGGUUACAAAUACAGCGUGAACUCAGUUUGAGGAAACUAACAGAGGGUUCAGAGUAUCAAGAGGAACUAAAAUAUGACUUCAAUAUAAAAGGGGAACUGAGGCACCUGGAUACAAAUGAGUCCUUUGUUUUCAAUUACUACAAGAAUGGACAUGAGCAGAAUCAUAAACGCUAUGAAGUUCUGGGACAUGCUAUUACCCAGUAUGUUUAUGAGCUCCUGGAAAGAGUCUGCAUGCUGCAGAAGGUUUAUAUUCCUACUGAUGCUAGAGAGGAUGAACCAAGAAGCUUCUUUUUCAUGAGCAAGGAUGCAUUAACGAGUUCCUCUAGCCUAAUUAUCUUUCUUCAAGACCAUGGAGUUUUUUGUGCUGGACAGUGGGGGCAAAGGGCAAUUGUCAGUGAGGGCCUGAAACAUGGAACACAAAUACCAUUCAUCAAAAUGGCCCUGCAGAGCCAAUGGGAAGUGAUUGUAUUGAAUCCCAAUGACAAUUUCACUGAUCUGAACACCAAAAAGGAGAGAUUUUCUGCCAGGGAAGAAGGGCUUACUUUUACACAGUCAGUCUGUUGGAUCCCCAAAAGGAGCAGCAGCAGGCCUGAAGAGCAUACCAUGUAUGUGUGGGAUCAUUUCAUUGCAAAGAGUGCAGCCAGGAAUGUGGCCUUCAUUGCCCAUGGCUAUGGUGGGUUGGUGUUUGUUGAUCUGCUGGUGCAAAGGAAACAUGAGGUGAUGAAUAAAGUGUACUCUGUGGCAUUCAUUGACUCCACACACAACAUACAGCACCAGAGCAGACAUGAUCCAGAAAUACAGGAAUGGAUACACAAAAACUGCCGAGAAUGGGUGUCAAACAGUAAACCCCUAAACAAAGCUGUGCACUUUCUCAUGAGAGUAAAUUGUCCUACUUUCUCUGCUGGAACAGAAAAGUAUGGUUUAGCACCCUCCUGCUGCUUACAACCCAUCUUUAAGUACUUGAAGAGCAUGCUGAAAGCCAAGAUCACAACAGCCUUGAGGAAUUCACCUGUUGCAACCAGAAGCAGCACAGGAAAGAAGAGAGGCAAUUAAUAAAGGUACACUGGUUUGUUCUUGAUAGUGGUCUCUUCCUUUCGUAAGUGCCUCUGCACCUUUCAGUCACUUAAGUAUCUUCAUCUCACUGUGGAGAAAUUCACAGUUUUAAGUUUGAAACUAUAUUUGAUUUUGAGAAGAAAAACACAAAAGUUAACUAUUAGGAAAGAUAUGCAUUGUUGAAAGCCUUAAGCCACAACCCUUUGGCUAGCUGUGAAAUUUAAAGUUGAGUUAAAGAUGUUAAGGUAUACCAACUCUCAUCUAUCAUUUUCUAUAAUAAACACUCUACAGUUUUGGCUCUAUAAUCAGACUAAACUAUCAGGAAAACAUUUGCUUAAGUGCUUAGCUUCAUUGGAAGGCCAAAUCUGGAAUAGUAAAAGCAUGUAUAAACAAUCUGUUUCCUCCUAUGUACCAUGUAUUGUUUAAAAUCUUUCAAGAGCUGGAACAUCCACCUUACUCCUUGAAACAUUUACUGUUAAGCUGAACAAUGCUUCAGGGAAGUAAAUACUACUACCUUUCCUCCAGUCAGAGCUAGUGUGCCCCAAACAUGACACAUGGAGGUAAAAUAAUUUCCAUUUUAAAGCCAACUAAGCCAGGGAGAAUACUGGACAUGAGCUGCUAUACACUAGUCUGGCAUCUGCAGUUACCAGACUGAUGCCAAGGAAUGACACUGCUGCCUCCUCUCAGAUGUAUAACUUUAGACAGAGGUGGAAAAUACAGUUUUUAAAUUUACGUAUUCAAGGCUUGCCAUGUGUACAAACAGAAGUUCAAAUAAUCUUUAAAGUGAAUGUAAACAAAUAAUUAUUAAUUUCCAGUUCAAAUCCAUGGGAAUCAAGUGUUCAAUGGCCACAAAAAAGGAUCCUUUGAAAGAUGACAAAACCUUCUCCUACAAGUGUAGAACAUUCCAAUCUCAGUCAAAAAAGCUGUUGAACAGUAAUAAUGGGUAUCAG